CGCUGCAGUUGGGAGGGAACGGAGUGAGAGGCGACAGUCACGACGACUGCAUUAACUGGUUAAAGUUAUAUAAUCAUGUGUUAUGAGACUUAACUUUUCCAGACAACAUCAUGGGAUUAUGGAACCACACCAUAAAAGGUCAUUGCGCUUUUUCUCGCAGUUUUGCGCUCAUUCUUAGUAAUUGUUUUAGUUUGAUUACCAUUGAAAAUUAAGUACACAGGUGAUGUAACAAAAUAAACAAAGUUUGUGUUGAUCCAUGGAUUUACACAUAUCUGGUAUGGAGGAACAGGGUCGUCAACAUGAAUUUUGAUACUGCUGAUGAAGUCAACUUCCGGAGUAACCGUUCCUCGGAGCUGUACUCGGGGACACAGGGACCAUUAUCUGCAAAUAAUUCCAACUUGACCACAGCAAAUGACACAGACAAUGACACAUACACGAGUCCGCUGGAUCUUACCCGAGCCGUGUCCGUUGGUAUAGUUCUGGGUGCGUUCAUUCUGUUCGCAAUCGUGGGCAAUAUACUCGUAAUACUUUCCGUUGUAUGCAACAGACACCUGCGCAUCCCAACAAACUAUUUCAUUAUCAACCUAGCCAUUGCGGACCUGUUGCUGGGUACAACCGUGCUGCCCGUGUCUGCAACAUUGGAGAUUCUUGACUACUGGGUAUUCGGGAGGAUAUUCUGUGACAUCUGGGCGGCAGUGGACGUGCUAUGUUGCACUGCUUCCAUUAUGAGCCUGUGCGUAAUAUCCAUAGACCGUUAUAUAGGAGUGCGCUACCCACUGCAGUACCCCUGUAUAGUAACGGAGAAAAGAGCCCUUUUGGCCAUGCUCGGUGUUUGGGUUCUCGCUACUGUCAUUUCCAUCGGACCUCUGCUCGGGUGGAAACAACCACCUUCAAAUGACGACACCAUUUGCCCCAUCACCGAAGAGCCCUUUUACGCACUGUUCUCGUCAUUGGGUUCAUUUUACAUACCUCUGGCUGUCAUCCUUUGCAUGUACUGUCAGGUUUAUGUAGUUGCCAAACGGACCACUAAGAACUUAGAGGCGGGGGUCAUGAAAGAACACAUGGACUCGAAUGAGCUCACGCUCAGGAUCCACUGCAAAAACGCACAGCUGCAGGAAUACUGCGGCGCAGGCAAGGGCCAGACACGGAGCACGAUAACAGUCAAACUGCUCAAGUUCUCCCGAGAGAAGAAAGCUGCUAAAACGCUCGGUGUCGUGGUGGGCAUGUUUAUUCUCUGCUGGCUGCCAUUCUUCCUCGUGCUGCCCAUCGGGUCAUUCAACGCCAACCUGCGUCCCCCGGAGACGUUCUUUAAGGUGAUCUUUUGGCUGGGCUACUUCAACAGCUGCCUGAAUCCCAUUAUCUACCCCUGCUACAGCCGAGAGUUCAAACAGGCCUUCAUCCGCAUCCUCAAGUGCCGCUGCCAUCAGAAGAAAAAGCAGAAGGGCUGGAGGGCCUACUACAACUACCGUUCCUCUCACCCGGGCUCCACUAACAACUCUUACCUGAACGGGAGCCAGCAGACCCUGUCCUCUGUCAAUCCCAGCCCUCGCUGUGUGAGCAAAGGAUCCGGCUCUUGCCUGGAGUCUGGGUGGGGCCAUGGCUCCCUGUCUCCCUGCCUGUCUCUGCCUGGGAGCCCCUUCACCAGCCAGAUGAGGGCCAUUCCUGGGGCUGUCUGCCAGAGCACCAGCAGAACUAUCAGAGUCAACCUGGCCUCCCCCCUGGCCAGGGAGUCAGUGCAUGCCAAUGGACAGAGUGGGAAUGGAAAGGUGGAGCAUGGAGCAAUCAGGCCAACACCUGAGACAAUGAUGUAAUGGCAGGUUGGAGCACCAGUCAUAAGCCUGGACAAUGCCGUUUGAUAGUCUGUACUUAUGCAACGGUAGCCUUUACAUCCAGGUGCAUGUGGGUAUUUUAUGCUGGAUGCUGAAAUAUGGACAAAAGCCUAACUACUGUAGCAGUCUGGAUUUAAGAUUUACGCAUCACACCAGAGGGUCAAUGGUCAAUGUGUCCGUAAGUAUUUAUUACUAAAAGUCUGAUUGCAUGUAGUUCCAUGUCCUCCAAAAUAAAUAUUUGUAUUAUUAAAGGAUACUUUUAGACAGAACACUGAAGGCCUCUGCUACUGCACAAAACCUUUUCAGAAUAACAUGUGCAGCUCUGGCACAUACAACUUUUUAUUUUUAGCGUUUUGGUACUAUUUUCACAAUUAUGUGGUGAAUUUUCAAAACUCUUAGUACAAAACUCAAAAUGGGUAGCACUUGUAACGCAGCCUGUCUUACAUUCAAACCCUUUCAUUGUCCAUUUAUUUCAUUUGUAAACAUAUUUUACCACACAACCAGUUAUCCACAAUAUAGGUUUACUCUGAAAUAUAGUGAGUACAUUGGUUUAAUCAUCAAAACACAACAUAAUAAUAUAAAUUUAUUUAUUUGAAAUACCAGUUAAUCCACUAGCAAAACAUCUUAGACACAUGUUUCUAUCAAGUUUCAGGUCAAAUCCAAAUGCGGACUGUGUUGUUGUAACAAUGUUUUUUACAGCAACAGGGGCAGGCAAACGUCAGGUCAGGUCAGGCAGGGGUCGAUAAUCCAGAGUAGUGGGGCAACGGUACAGGAUGGCAGGCAGGCUCAGGGUCAGGUCAGGCAGUGGUCAGGCAGGCGGGCUCAGAGUCAGGACAGGCAAGGGUCAAAACCAGGAGGGCAAGAAAAAGAGAGACUGAGGAAAAGCAGUAGCUGAGACAAAACGCUGGUUGACUUGACAAGCAAAACGAACUGGCACAGACAAACAGAGAACACAGGAAUAAGUACCCGGGGGAUAAUGGGGAAGAUGGGCGACACCUGGAGGGGGGUGGAGACAAGCACAAGGACUGGUGAAACAGAUCAGGGCGUGACAGUUUAAAAUUGCAUUUUUUAUGUAAUAUGCUACAGUACAGUAAAUUACAGUACAUUACACUUUUUUCACAUUAGGCAAUACACCUGCCCUCCCAUUAAAAUUGACUGAACAUCACAUUUCCAUAAUGUCUAUUAUCCCAUGUGUGACGAAAGGUGUGACCAUUGAAGACAUCUGUUUAACAGGCACUAGUUCGCAGUAAAUAUCUUCAUUGUUCAUGCACCUGGGGAAAAAGCUUUAGGCAUGGCGAAUCUAAGCCUGACAUUGGUCUGAAUUGAUGUAAUCACAUGCCUCGUCCAUGGCCUGAAGGAGGGUGUUACACUCAUGGAGAUGACAAUCAUACGUCUUCCAAAUGUAUUGUAAUCGUGUAUUGUAUUGGUCCUGUACAUGGCUCAGUUCAUAAGAGCAUGGCACUAGGAAAAGGGGAUACCUAGUCAGUUGCUCAACUGAAUGCAUUCAAUUGAAAUAUGUCUUACACGUUUAACCCAACCCCUCUGAAUCCGAGAGGUGUAGGGGCUGCCUUAAUCAACAUAGGCAAGUAGUUGUUGUUUAACUGCCUUGCUCAAGAGCAGAACAGAAUAUUUUUUUCACCUUGCCGGCUCAGGGAUUAGGACUAGCAAUAUUUCGGUUCCUGGCCGAAUGCUCUUAACCACUAGGCUACUUGCCGCUACCAAGCAAGAAUAGAGUUGUGGGUUCGAUUCCGACUAGGGGCACAUACCAAAAUGUGUAGACUGUUGUCACUUUGGAUAAAAGUGUCUGUUCAUGAAUGGCAAAUAUUAUGGUACUACAGUACUGUACUGGCCAAUGCAAUUUUGGUAAAGCCCCCAAUAAACUUUGAUUUGAUUUGUUACAUACAGUACAUCUCUGAUCUUGUCAAUAUCAGAUUGUUUUAAAGAGUACUGUGCAGUAAAAUCAUGAAAGUAGUACAUUCGAGAGUAUAUAUAUACAGUUGAAGUCGGAAGUUUACAUACACCUUAGCCAAAUACAUUUAAACUCCGUUUUUCACAAUUCCUGGCAUGUAAUGCUAGUAAAAAUUCCCUGUCUUAAGUCAGUUAGGAUCACCACUUUAUUUUAAGAAUGUGAAAUGUCAGAAUAAUAGUAGAGAGAAUGAUUUAUUUCAGCUUGUAUUUCUUUCAUCACAUUCCCAGUGGGUCAGAAGUUUACAUACGCUCAAUUAGUAUUAGGUAGCAUUGCCUUUAAAUUGUUGAAUAUGGGUCAAACGUUUUGGGUAGCCUUCCACAAGCUUCCCACAAUAAGUUGGGUGAAUUUUGGCCCAUUCCUCCUGACAGAGCUGGUGUAACUGUGUCAGGUUUGUAGGCCUCCUUGCUCACACAAGCUUUUUCAGUUCUGCCCACACAUUUUGUAUAGGAUUGAGUGAGGUCUGGACUUUGUGAUGGCCACUCCAAUACAUUGACUUUGUUGUCCUUAAACCAUUUUGCCACCACUUUGGCAGUAGGCUUGGGGUCAUUGUCCAUUUGGAAGACCCAUUUCCGACCAAGCUUUAACUUCCUGGCUGAUGUCUUGAGAUGUUGCUUCAAUAUAUCCACAUAAUUUUCCUACCUCAUGAUGCCAUCUAUUUUGUGAAGUGCACCAGUCCCUCCUGCAGCAAAGCACCCCCACAACAUGAUGCUGCCACCCCCGUGCUUCACGGUUGGGAUGGUGUUCGUCGGCUUGCAAGCCUCCCCCCUUUUCCUCCAAACAUAACGAUGGUCAUUAUGGCCAAACAGUUCUAUUUUUGUUUCAUCAGACCAGAGGACAUUUCUCAAAAAAGUAUGAUCUUUGCCCCCAUGUGCAGUUUCAAACCAUAGUCUGGAUUUUUUUAUGGCGGUUUUGGAGCAGUGGCUUCUUCAUUGCUGAGCUGCCUUUCAGGUUAUGUCGAUAUAGGACUCGUUUUACUGUGGAUAUAGAUAAUUUUGUACCUGUUUCCUCCAGCAUCUUCACAAGGUCCUUUGCGGUUGUUCUGGGAUUGAUUUGCACUUUUCGCACCAAAGUACGUUCAUCUCUAGGAGAGAGAACGCGUCUCCUUCCUGAGCGGAAUGACAGGUGCGUGGUCCCAUGGUGUUUAUACUUGUGUACUAUAGUUUGUACAGAUGAACGUGGUACCUUCAGGCGUUUGGAAAUUGCUCCCAAGGAUGAACCAGACUUGUGGAGGUCUACAAUUUAUUUUCUUAGGUCUUGGCUGAUUUAUUUUUAUUUUCCCAUGAUGUCAAACAAAGAGGCACUGAGUUUGAAGGUAGGCCUUGAAAAACAUCCACAGGUACACCUCCAAUUUACUCAGAUCGUGUCAAUUAGCCUAUCAGAAGCUUCUAAAGCCAUGACAUAAUUUUAUGGAAUUUUCCAAGCUGUUUAAAGGCACAGUUAACUUAGUGUAUGUAAACUUCUGACCCACUGGAAUUGUGACACAUUGAAUUAUAAGUGAAAUAAUAUGACUGUAAACAAUUGUUGGAAAAAUGACUUGUGUCAUGCACAAAGUAGAUGUCCUAUCCGACUUGCCAAAACUAUAGUUUGUUAACAAGAAAUUUGUGGAGUGGUUGAAAAACGAGUUUUAAUGACUCCAACCUAAGUGUAUGUAAACUUCCGACUUCAACUGUAUAUAUAGUAUAUAUACUAUCAGUCAAAAGGUUUAGAAUACCUACUCAUUCAAGUUCUUUUUUUGUUUGGACUACACUGUAGAAUAACAUUGAAUACAUUAAAACUAUGAAAUAGCACAUAUGGAAUCACGUUGUAACCAAAAAAGUGUUAAACAAAUCAAAUUUGUGGAAUUUCUAUUCUUUGGUCUGAGAUUUUUGGUUCCAACCGCCGUGUCUUUGUGAGACGCGAUGUGAGUGAACAGAUGAUCUCCGUGUGUGGAUUUCCCACUGUAAAACAUGGAGGAUGAGGUGUUAUGGUGUGGGGGUACUUUCCUGGUGACACUGUCUGUGAUUUAUUCAGAAUUCAAGGCACACAACCUGCAUUGCUACCACAGCAUUCUGCAGCGAUAUGCCAUCCCAUCUGAUUUGCGGUUAGUGGGACUAUCAUUUGUCUUCCAACAGGACAAUGACCAAACGCACAAUCAGGCUGUGUAAUGGCAAUUUAACCAAGAAGGAGAGUGAUGGAGUGCUGCUUCAGAUGACCUGGCCGCCAGAAUCCCCCGACCUCAACCCAAUUGAGAUGGUUUGGGAUGUGUCGGACCGCAGAGUGAAGGAAAAGCACCCAGCAAGUGCUCAGCAUAUGUGGGAACUCCUUUAAGACUGUUGGAAAAGCAUUCCAGGGGAAGCUGGUUGAGAGAAUGUCAAGAGUGUGCAAAGCUGUCAUCAAGGCAAAGCAUGGCUAUUUGAAUAAUCUCAAAUAUAAAAUAUACUUUGAUUUGUUUAGCACUUUUUUGGUUACUUAUAUAUAUAUAUAUAUAUCAUACAUUUUAUGUUUCUACUUUACAAACAUACAUUUUCAUUAUGUAGUUAUCAAAAUCUGUAGUUAACAAACCAAUUUACAUGUUAAAUCUAUAGGUUUACCAAACAUUUAAGUGAUUAUCAAUUAAAAGCAGUCGGAUUAAGUAAUAGUAAAUGUCUCUUAAAAAAAGAGAAGAGAAUUAUUUCAAAGUAAUGAGAGUAUUGCAUUGUGAAAAGCAAUUACUUUAUCUGAACAUGUAUUGCAAUGUGCAAAAUGUAUUUCUAGAUUAAACACUUAGUCAAUUGAAAAUGUGCUUAGACUUUUGAAAUAACUGCCUUUUUUAUUAUCUGUUUUGAGUUUUGUACUAAGAGUUGUGAAAAUGUACCACAUACUUGUGAAAAUUGCACCGAGGUUACAAAAAAAAACUGUAACUAGGCCCUUGAAGGGGAUAAACUUUGCCCACGUCUUGACUUUGGUUGCACUGCUCUGCAUUGUAACAUACACUGAGUGUACAAAAAAUUAGGACACCUUUCCAUGACAUAGAAUAACCAGGUGAAUCCAAGUGAAAGCUAUGAUCCGUUAUUGAUGUCACUUGUUAAAUCCACUUCAAUUGGUGUAGAUGAAGGGGAGGAGACAGGUUAAAGAAGUAUUUUUAAGCCUUGAAACAAUUUGAGACAUGGAUUGUGUAUGUCUGCCAUUCAGAGGGUAAAUGGGCAAGACAAAAAUAGUUAAGUGCCUUUGAACAGGGUAUGGUAGUAGUUUCCAGGCGCACCGGUUUGUGUCAAGAACUGCAACGUUGCUGGGUUUUCACGCUCAACAGUUUCCCAUGUGUAUGAAGAAUGGUCCACCACCAAAAGGUGGUGCAACUCAAUAAUAAUCUCAGCAAAAAAAGAAACGUCCUCUCACUGUCAACUGCGUUUAUUUUCAGCAACUUAGCAUGAGUAAAUAUUUGUAUGAACAUAACAAGAUUCAACAACUGUGACAUAAACUGAACAAGUUCCACAGACACGUGACUAACAGAAAUGGAAUAAUGUGUCCCUGAACAAAGGGGGGGG